ACUUCCGGCCUCCUUUUAGCUGCCAUCUUGCGUCCCCGCGUGUGUGCGCCUAAUCUCAGCUGGUCCACCCGAGACCCCUUGAGCACCAACCCUAGUCCCCCGCGCGGCCCCUUAUUCGCUCCGACAAGGUACAAAAAGGCUCUGGACGGCGGCGUGGUAGGAGGACGGGAGCGGGGGCGGGAAGUUCCCUGAAGGAGCGAGACAGGGAGGGACAGGGCAGAGGAGAGGAAGGCGAUGCGACGGACAGGCGCUCCCGCUCAGGCUGACUCUCGGGGGCGAGGUCGAGCCAGGGGCGGCUGCCCUGGGGGCGAGGCGACGCUGUCUCUACCUCCACCUCGCGGCGGAACCCGAGGACAGGAGCCUCAGAUGAAAGAAACAAUCAUGAACCAGGAAAAACUCGCCAAACUGCAGGCACAAGUGCGCAUUGGUGGGAAAGGAACUGCUCGCAGAAAGAAGAAGGUGGUUCAUAGAACAGCCACAGCAGAUGAUAAAAAACUUCAGUUCUCCUUAAAGAAGUUAGGGGUAAACAAUAUCUCCGGUAUUGAAGAGGGCCAUGCUGAGACGAAGCAGCUGACAGAAAUGCUACCCAGCAUCUUAAACCAGCUUGGCGCAGAUAGUCUGACUAGUUUAAGGAGACUGGCCGAAGCUCUGCCCAAACAAUCUGUGGAUGGAAAAGCACCACUUGCUACUGGAGAGGAUGAUGAUGAUGAAGUUCCAGAUCUUGUGGAGAAUUUUGAUGAGGCUUCCAAGAAUGAGGCAAACUGAAUUGAGUCAACUUCUGAAGAUAAAACUUGAAGAAGUUACUGGGAGCUGCUAUUUUAUAUUAUGACUGCUUUUUAAGAAAUUUUUGUUUAUGGAUCUGAUAAACUCUAGAUCUCUAAUAUUUUUAAGCCCAAGCCCCUUGGACACUGCAGCUCUUUUCAGUUUUUGCUUAUACACAAUUCAUUCUUUGCAGCUAAUUAAGCCGAAGAAGCCUGGGAAUCAAGUUUGAAACAAAGGUUAAUAAAGUUCUUUGCCUAGUA